GUCGGCAGCGAAACACGAGCUCAGAAACAGCCCUGGAGUUUGCGAGUCCCGAUCCAUGAGGAAAGGGAAUUCCUCAUCUGCCUGAUUCCCGGCUGCCUCGCCGCUCUCCGUGUUGUCGAUGCGGGCGAAGAGCAGCUCCCGGCCCCAGCCCCGGACGAUCCCCAGCUCCGGGGGAAACUCUGCUCCGAGGCCUUGGCAGUCACUCCCGGUAGCGGGACGGAGCCUCCCGGGAGUUGAGUUGGAUCCCAGCGCACCGGGAAUGCUGCGGGGCCCCUCGGCUUUCCUGUCUGUGAAAUGGAUUGAUGCCCAGGAGCCGAUGCGGCGCCGCUGACCCCGCCUGGCCUUGGCUAUGGACAUCGUCCUGUCCGAUUUUGUUCGCUCAACGGGAGCCGAGCCGGGGCUGGCCAGAGACCUCCUUGAAGGUAAGAACUGGGACCUGAGCGCGGCUCUGAGCGACUUCGAGCAGCUCCGGCAGGUGCACGCAGGGAACCUCCCGCCCUCCUUCAACGAGGGCCGCGGGGCCCGGCCCCCGGAACGGGAGGUGGCACGGCCGGGGCGGCCCCCGCUGCAGCGCCAGGACGACGUCGUGCAAGAGAAGCGCCUGUCCCGAGGUAUCUCCCAUGCCAGCUCCACCAUCGUGUCCCUGGCCCGUUCUCAUGUCUCCAGCAAUGGCAGCAGCAGCGAGCACCUGCUGGAGAUGCCCAUCUGCACCUUCCAGCUGCCCGACCUCACCGUGUACCCCGAGGAUUUCCGCAGCUUCAUCGAGAGGGAUCUCAUCGAGCAGUCCAUGCUGGUAGCACUGGAGCAGGCUGGGCGUCUCAACUGGUGGGUGACAGUGGAUCCGAGCUGCCAGCGUCUGCUGCCCCUGGCCACCACUGGCGAUGGGAAUUGUUUGCUCCACGCUGCCUCCCUGGGUAUGUGGGGCUUCCAUGACCGGGAUCUCAUGCUCCGAAAAUCCCUCUACACCCUGAUGGACAAAGGAGUGGAGCGGGAAGCGCUGAGGAGGAGAUGGCGCUGGCAGCAGACGCAGCAGAACAAGGAGUCCGGCCUGGUUUACACGGAGGAGGAGUGGCAGAAGGAGUGGAACGAGCUGAUCAAGUUGGCGUCCAGCGAGCCCCGCGUGCACUACGGCACCAACGGCGGCGGCUGCGGCGGGGUGGAGAGCUCAGAGGAGCCGGUGUACGAGAGCCUGGAGGAGUUCCACGUCUUUGUCCUGGCCCAUGUGCUGAAGAGACCCAUUGUGGUGGUGGCAGACACGAUGCUGCGGGACUCGGGAGGCGAAGCAUUUGCCCCAAUUCCCUUUGGAGGGAUCUAUCUGCCCCUGGAAGUCCCAGCCAACAAAUGCCACCGGUCUCCAUUGGUUCUGGCUUAUGACCAAGCCCAUUUUUCUGCCCUGGUCUCCAUGGAGCAGAAAGAAAACACAAAGGAUCAAGCUGUGAUCCCCCUGACAGACUCUGAGCACAAGCUGCUCCCCGUGCACUUCGCCGUGGAUCCUGGGAAGGAGUGGCAGUGGGGGAAGGACGACAGUGACAAUGUCAAGCUGGCCAGCGUGACGCUGUCGCUGGAAGCCAAACUGCACCUGCUGCACAGCUACAUGAAUGUCCGCUGGAUCACAUUGCCUUGUGACAUGCAGGCGCCUCUGGCUCAGCCAGAAUCCCCCACGGCCUCCGCAGGUGAUGAUGCUCGCUCGGCAGCCGAGUCGGGCGAGUCGGACAAGGAGUCGGUGUGCAGCAGCUCUGCCAGCAACGGGGGCACCAGGGCCGGCAAGGACAGGGAGAAACCAAAGAAAGAGCGGGAAAAGGAGAAGGAAAAGGAUAAAAAACGGGCAGACUCGGUAGCCAACAAGCUGGGAAGCUUUGGGAAGACUCUGGGCAGCAAACUAAAAAAGAACAUGGGGGGCCUGAUGCACAGCAAAGCCGUGAAGGGCGGCAUGAGCAACGGGCAGGGAGACACCCUGGAGAAGAAGAAGAAAGGAUCCCUGAAAGCAACACGGAAAGACAGCAAGGAGGAAUGUUCCCCGGGAGGAGACUUAGCUCCUGCGGAGAGAACGUGCCCAGGCAAAGCAGCCCUGGAGAAGCCGUCGGAUCCCUACAAGUACAGCAGCGACGUGCGGCUGAGCCUGAGCAUCCUGCGCGCCGCCAUGCAGGGCGAGCGCAAGUUCAUCUUCGCCAGCCACCUCAAGACCAGCACCCGGCACCAGUUCCAGGAGGAGAUGAUCCAGAGGUACCUCCUGGAUGCCGAGGAGCGUUUCCAUGCAGAGCAGAGGCAGAAGGAGGCGGAGAAGAAGGCGUUGGGCAGCGCUGCCCUGGCCAAGAGGCCGGAAGGGGAGGUGGGUGCCCAGCGGAGCGAGGAGGCAACGCCAAGCCCCGUGUUCUCCCAGCCACCUCCCACCUACCCCCCCCAGCCCCUGGAGCCAGCCGUGGGUGCUAAAAUAGCCGCUUUUCCUGCCGGCUAUUCGGGCGUUUUCACCUUCCCCAGGCCCUCCAUGGGCAGUGCUGAGGGGCUGCACCCACCCGGGUGCGCCGAGGGCCGGCGGCAGCUGGCGGGGGGACCCUGUGGGAGCCUCCCCUCCUACGCCACCCUGCCCCGGCACCACCAGGGCCGGCUCGGCCCCGGCCCUGCCCAGCUGGGCUGCUUCUCCCCCACAGACAUGGACAUCCAGCCUCCCUUCCCUUCGGAGUGCAAGGGCUCCGGCUGCCUCCCCCUGCACAGCAACAGCUGCCGGGAAUUCCUCGAGCAGGACAAGGCGGGAACAGUGGAUAAAAUGAGAAGCCAAGCCCUCUACAAUAUCCAGCAGACCAAGUGCAAACAGCCCAACUGCACCUAUUAUGGACACCCAGAGACUGGGAAUUUCUGUUCCUGCUGUUACAGGGAUGAGAUGCAGCGCAGGGAGCGGGAGGCACUGGUGCACAGGUUCUGAUGCUUCCCCCUGUGAGGAUCCGGACCCUUGGAACGUGGGGAACGCAAUAACAGAGAUCCACUUUGCUUUUGCACCCACCCACGCUCCUCUCCCACUCUGCAGGGUGUGGGAGCAGGCGUUUUGGCUGGACGGACUGGGAGUGACGUGGGGCUGGUGGGAUUGGCAGGGUGCAAGGAGGGAGAUGGGGAAACCAGCCCCUGCUUUCCCAGAGCCCCUGUGAGGGAGGAGGAGGAGGAGGAGGAUGAUUCCCAGGACUGCCUGGGAACAAUGGGGGCUGCUUGGGUCGGAGCACAGGGUGAGGGGGGAAGAAUUCCUCAAAAACUCAAUAAACCAGACCAAAGCUUUGGGAGCGGGCAGGGGGAGCAGCUCCCACCAGGUCCUUCCCGCUUCCUGACCACCUGGGACGGAGCAGAAAUGCCCCAUUUUGAGCGUCACAAAACCUUUUAAUGGAGUUUUUUAACACUGGUUUUAUUCUGUAGUUCUUCUUGCUAGUACUGAGCGACACCGUGUUGGAGUUGGACAUUGGUGAGGUGGGUUGGGUGCCCCCCACCCAGUCCUGGAUGACUCCAAGCACCAGGACAGGCUCAGGCCUCUGUCGCCCCCUCUCCUACCGGCGAGCUCAACUCUGGUUUUAAAAUGUUGUUUUUAAACUCUUUCUGAGGUGGGGGGAGCCAGGGGGACUCCCAGGCUCAAGGGUUUGGAGGUUUCUCUUCCUGGUGCAGAACCCCCAGGCCACAGGAGAGCCAAGGCGAGAUCCUGGCUCAGCGUUUCCUGCCAGGAAUUCCCAGUGGCGUGGGGCAAAUCCCCCAGGAAUACCCACUGGAAAGGGGUCCCAGAGCACCCCCAGUCCCGGGGUGGAGCCAGGGGGGUCACAGCCCCAUGUAACUCCUACUUGAGCACAGCUACUCUGUACUACCUCUGAUCCUGAUUAACUCGGCUCCGUUGUGCUGAGCCACCAACUGACCUUUAGGCUGCGGAAUUAAUCCAUAUUUUUGAUAACAGGGCUAAAAAGCAGAACAAUAAGGUUAAAAAAAAAUCCUCCUGUGACUAAUGUCCCACGCUGUUUUCUGACCCCAUCCCGGCCCCCUGGCUCCCAGAGUGGGAUUCACUUUAGCACUGCGAUGUUUGCACAGAAUUCCUUGGGGUUCUUGGUAACUGCAGCUCCCAAACCGGGCCUGAUCCUGCACGGAGUGAGGUGCAGCAUUUCCUAUCACACGGAAAUAAAACAGGAGUUAUAUGCUUCAGCCAGAGCUUUCAAACAUUCCCUUGUUUUUAUUUUUGGGUUGAUUUUUCCAGAAGGCAUGAAACUAUGCAACCCCUUCCUGCCCAUGGCCGUUUUCAGGGGAAAGGAUGAAGGACCUGGGCAGAGGAGCUGGAACUGUACUGAGCUCGAGGCCUUACACUUGGCCCUAAAAAUGUUAACUUCGACCUAAAACCCCCUGAAUUAAGGCCUUUCCUACACCUAAAUGCCCCCAAAUAAGGCCUUUCCUAGUGGGAUCCCAACACUUGGAGUGCAGCUAGCAAUGCCUCUUGCCCGCAGGUUUUCAAAUCCAAAUUUCGGACACCCCACCCAGGGAUGAUUUGACUCCAGUGUAAGUUGCUUUCCCUGUUUUUUAUAAAAUCCCUGAGCGUGGCUGAAGCUGUGGGAAGGGGAGGGUGUGAAACCUGCUCCAACUGGCUCCUCUUACCUCAGAACAAAUUCCACACUUCUUCCUCAAACUGCAGGAAUUCCGAUGGACUUUAACCCCGAGGCAGGGACAUGCAGUGCUGCUUAAGUGGCACAGCCUCUGCCCCCAUUUGGUUCACCCCAAAUUUUAAGCUGAAACGGUUAAAACCUAACCCAAACGCUUCACUGGUUUAAAUUCCAGUUUCUGAUGUUUAUUUUUCCCCAAAUCAGAGCAGCAGCUUUAUUCUGGCAUUGGGAAUAUCCUCUGGCUGUGCUGGAAAUGUGCACCAUCGAGAGCAGGAAUGCCCCAGGGCACGGGAGGGAAGGCAGGAGGUGAUGCUUCAUCACUCAUUCCUCGGGUUUUGGGGGAAUUUUCUCUCCUUUUAGCUCCAUCCCAGUGGAUGCUGGACUUGGGUGGGGAUGGGAAGCUCCCAGACCUGCUCGCUGGUUUGGUGAGUUGGGAGGAGACAGAGAAGGCAGAAAACCCGUAGGAAAAGUAGGAAAAGCACCAGUCCUGGAGGGAGAACUCCAGAACUGGAGGAGAUGCACCAAACCUGCCCCCAGGAGGGAUUUUUCAAGGGGAGGGAGGAUGGGGAUGGGGACAGGGAGGCUGUGGUGUGACCCCAAGGUCAAACUAAGUGCACUUACCUGGUGUGGUUGGAAUUCAAAUCGCUGCCAUCAGAUCCUGGUGGAGGAAAACUUUUGUCUUUUCAGCCUGUGUAAAACCCAUUAAUGAGAUUUGAUUUGAUUUGAUUAAAUGAGAUUCACUUUUGCCAUUCCCCAGCCCCUUGGUGGGGGGAGCCGGGGCAGCUUUGGGUCUCACUAACGCGACACCGAGUGACCUGAAUUAAUUCUUCAGUGGUUUAUUCACCAAAAAAAACUUUUUUUUUUUUUUUUCCUUAAUUAAUUCUAGCUUAAUUGGUGAUAUUUGGAAUCCCAGUGAACAGGGCUGGAGAGUUGCACUUGGGCUAUACCUGUGGCCUCGUUGUGGCACCACAGACUCAUUGACAAUAAAAAACUUCAGCUGAU